UGUGUGUGAGAGAGAGAGAGAGAGAGAUAGAUAGUGUGUGUAUCUGUGUGUGUGUGUGUGUGUAUCUGUGAUUUUUUGUGUGUGAGAGAGAUUGUGUGUGUGUGUGUGUGUGUGUGUGUGUGUGUGUGAGAGAGAGAGAUAGUGUGUGUGUGUGUGUGUGUGUGUGUAUCUGUGAUUUUUUUUGUGUGAGAGAGAGAGAGAGAUAGAUAGUGUGUGUAUCUGUGUGUGUGUGUGUGUGUGUGUGUGUGUGUGUGUGUGUGUGUAUCUGUGAUUUUUUUUGUGUGUGUGUGUGAAUAUGUGUGAGAGAGAGAGUUAGUAUAAACUCAGCAAAAAAAAGAAAGGUCCUCUCACAUUCAGCUCACAUUUCCAGCAAAUGUCUUAACGUGUGUAAAUAUUUGUAUGAAGAUGAAAAGGUUCAACAACGGAGAGAUAAUCUGAAGAAGUUUCACAGACGUUCGAGGAAGAGAAAUGGAAGAAUGAGUCCCUGAAUAAAGUGGAGGUGGAUAUCAGGAGGAACAGUCAGCAUCUCCAGCUGCUUUAACUACUACAGUGCAGCAGCAGAUCGGUCCGUUCUUGCUGCGAGAUGUUCCUCCACUCUUCCACCAAGGCGUCCGCAAGUCCUCCGUCACGUCUGAAGGGACACGCUUACGUGUAAUGUUCCACCGCGAGGACGAUCAUCUGUCCUUCCUGUCUCCCUGUAGCACCGUCUGAGACGUCUUACGUUACAGACGUUACAGUUUAUCGCUCCGGACACAUCUGCAGUCCUCACGCCUCCCUGCAGCAGGUCUACGGCUCGUUCACGCAGGAGAGCGGGAACCCUAGGCGUCUUUCUCCUGGUGUUGUUCAGAGUCAGUAGAAAGGUCUCUUUACUGUCUUAACUUAUUGUAACUGACAUUAAUCCCCUUCCACCUGUAAACUGUUCGAGUCUUAAGGACUGCUCCACAGCGGCAGAACCCUUCGUUUAAACCCUUUCCAAUAAAGAUCUGUAAAGAUUAUUCCGAUUUUACAAAAUGAUCUUUAAAACACAGACUCCUGGAAAAGGGACUGUGUGUGUGUGUGUGUGUGUGUGUGUGUGUGUGUGUGUGUUUGUGUUUGCAGAAACAUACAGAGUAUCCUGUGUUUGGCCUUCCAAGUACUGUGUUUGCUUUCAACUCUGUGUGUGUGUGUAUGUGUGUGUGUGUGUGUUUAUAUGUGUGUGUGUGUGUGUGUGUGUGUGUGUGUGUGUGUGUGUGUGUGUGUGUGUGUGUGUGCGCAUUAAUGCUGUGUAACCUCAGUGGUGAAAGAGACUGCUUUUUCCUCUGACCAUUUCUCCUACAUCUCUCUCUCUCUCUCUCUUUCUCUCUCUCACUCACACACACACACACACACACACACACACACACACACUGUACUACAGACUUGCGUUCGCUCAGUAGAUUAAAAUCGUAUUCAGGGGAAAACAGUUCUUCUGGUGAGAGACCAUGAUACGUGUUGUGUUGUUGAUGGUCCUGCUGGGAGGCGUGUUUGCGGCGCCGUUCGCCAAGCCGGAGCAGGCGAAGCGCUUUAUCCGUCAGAAGAGGCAGAUCGGCUACUGGGACCCCAACCACUCUCAGAACGUGUGGGGCUACACGGUGCAGGAACAGGCUAAUGAGUACUGGACUGCGUUGAGGACAGACGCUCAGUAUUACAUGGACAUGGGAAACCUGGUGUUUGACCGCUCUGUGGCAGAUGAUCACUACAGGAUGUACAUGGAAAUGCUGAGGAAUGCAAGAGCACAUCUCGACGCGAUCUCCGGCCGACAGCGAUAGAUCAGACGGAUUAGAUUGAUCGGACAGUGAUGGAUGAUUCGGUGAUGGAUCGCUCUGCUGAUUCAGUGCCGGAUGGUGAAGCUGCUCUUUGUUGGAUGCUUUUCUAGCGUAGAACUGCAGAAAUUUCCGUUCAUGUAAAGCUCGUUCUGUUGGUCGUUUUAUUCUGUUCCAUAUCGCAACACGCACCUGAUGACACAGGUUACCUGACGCAGGUGUGUUUGGAGCUGGAACAGACCGCGUUCAUGAAUAUAUAUUGAGAUCCUCUGGCCUUUAGGUUAGGAAACAUUUUUGAACAGAAAAUAAUAAAUUCAUAUCGUCUGCUCGCACCCAGUGUCUGAAGUCUCUUGUUUAGCACAAUAAUAAGAUUUGAGGAGGGUGUUGAAAUGCCAGAGAGGAGACAUCUACUGUUCCGGGGUGGUACUGCUAGUAAAACAAGAAACUAAGCAUUGUUUAGAGACCUUUAUGCAGGUUUCAAUUCAGAACUUCUAAACAGCUCAGCUAGCAAAACUAGAUGAUUUUAUUUGUUCCAAGUUUAGGUUUCUGGUUUAUUUUAUUGUGAAUUUUUUAUUAGCAAAAACACAGAGUACAUAAAGUACCUGAGUGUUACCUUUUGGCUAAAAGAUUUGCAGUUUGUGUUGCUAUUUUUGUGUGUGUAUAUACAGUAGAAUCAGCAACGCUAUUGGGGAGCCAUUUGGCUUUCCAUACACCCCUCCCUGUCACCCUCCGGUGUGUGGAGGCAGAUCUGGCUGAAGACACCAAAGCAUGCUGGCCAAGAUCCCCUUCUGUGAUAGCGAAUCGGUUCCCAAACGAAUCGGUUCUUCUUCUUUUUUUUUUAAAAGACUCAUUUAAUUCAUUAGUCGAAUGAAUCAAUUUGUGAAAGGGAGGACAUAAACACGCAUGCAUGUGGUGGAAAUGAGAUCAAAUUUAGCCUGUACAGUAUAUUUACUUCUACAUUUUAUUUAACACGCAGUUUAUAUAAUACACAGCGCCUUCAAUUAAUAUUGGCACCCUUGGUACGUAUGAGGAAAGAAGGCUGUGAAAAAUUGUCUUUAUUGUUUAACCUUUUGACCUUUUGUUCAAAAAAUUCACCAAAAAAUAUAUUUUUUGGGGGGAUAAACCUGUGUUGUGGUUGCAAUUGUUUGAUAUCCGUGAGAGCAGAGUGUUUUUGUGAGGUUU